AUGUCGAAAGGUGCACCCAACCGCAGCUUCCGUGUACCGGCCGGUCCGCCGACGAAAGCACGCAAUGGUUUGCAACCCUUGGACCUACGAUGCGGUCCUGCUACAAAUACACCACCCAAUGUACGACCACCUGUUGCCGUUCGAACAACGAAACGAAGGAAUGUGACGACGAAUGUGCAGCUGAUGGAGAUGGACAAUACGUUCCUAAAUGCGGUCGAUUUGGAUAGUAUCGAACAGCAGAUCAAGCCUCCUUCUCCGCGAGCAAUAUCACCGUCGAUCCUUUCGUCCCGUGCUGCUCUAAGCCAAACGAAGCAGACAAACCAUACGAAACGAUCCCAUUCGUUGGAAGGUACUGUGUCAAAUAGGAGCAAAGUGGCGGCAAGUACACCGAAGCGCCGAAAAUCGACCGCAGGUGGACGACCCAUCCUUGUUCUUCACAUGAGCAUGGAUGGAGAGGAAUUGGAACAAGAUGAAAACCGGCUGAACAACAGUCGUUCCACCACCAAGGACAGUGGUUGCUCGGAACGAAAAACCAACACCAACGGUUUUGAAGAUGAGGAAGACGAAGAGUUGCUGAAUGUGAUGAUUCCGUGCGGCCAGGAGCAAACAACGACCGAUCACUUCAUCCGAGACAAACUGCGACGCCUGAGUGACGCACAAACCGCGUCGCAGAUCUGUGGUGAAGAUAACGCAUUCGAGGUGUUUACAAACCGUGCCAUCUUUUCGCAGUACCUGCGACUCGAUCAGUCCGUGGUGGACGAAGGCCUCGAAAAGAUUGAUCCAAUAUUCAGCUCGCAGGCUAUGCGCGAUUCGGCUCACAACACGUCACCGCUCAGUGCGUCCUUGUGCCUCCAACAAGACACUCAGGCGCAACGACUGCAGGCGAGUGAAGUGCACCGUAUUUUUGCGAACUGUGAACGUACGCUGUUCGAUCUGUCCAACAUCGCACCGGAUGGUGGCUCGCAGGGGAAGGUUUCGACGAGCCUAGCAGCAAUUAAUUGGGAUGAGGAGAUCGACCAAGCAGGCGGACCAUGUGCCGCAGCACCAACACCAGCUGGUCCGCCACGGGUUUCCUCACUCUUCCUCGAGAAGGGUCCAUUCUUUGGGUUGCCUAAUGCGGUGCGGCGUAUAUUGCGUGACUUCCGCGGGAUUGAUGAUCUGUACGAUUGGCAGCGCGAAUGUCUAGCGUUGCCCGCCAUACAGGAAAGGCGGAAUCUUAUCUACGCGCUACCUACCAGUGGCGGAAAAACGCUGGUAGCGGAAAUUGUGAUGCUGCGUGAGAUCAUCUGUCGGUUACGGAAUGUGCUGUUCAUCGUACCGUACGUAUCACUGGCACAAGAAAAAAUGAUCGCACUCAGCCCGUUUGCUCUGGAGCUCCAGUUCCUGCUGGAGGAGUACAGUGGGGGCAAAGGGCAGUGUCCACCGCGCAAGCGGCGUAAGAAGAACACCAUCUUUGUGUGCACGAUCGAGAAGGCGCUAAUGCUGAUGGAUUCGCUGGUGGAAGCCGGCCGAGCGAAUGAAAUUGGUUUGAUCGUGAUCGACGAGUUGCACAUGAUCGGUGAGCAGAGGCGUGGCGCUUGUCUGGAGAUGCUAAUCACCAAGGUGCAGGUGUUGCGGGCGGGCAUACAAAUCGUGGGCAUGAGCGCUACGAUCGGCAACCUAACCGAAGUGGCCCGGUUUAUGCUGGCGGAUGUGUACAGCCGUGAUUUCCGUCCCGUGGAGCUGAAAGAGUUCGUCAAGUGCGGUGAAGAUCUUUACGAGGUGCGCAGUCAGGGACAGACAGGCCGUACGGAGGAUGUUUUUGGUGAGAAGCGGCCACUGGAGUUUGUGGAAUGUGCCGAAGAAUUGCGACGGCUCGAUACGGACCAUGUGGUACGAUUAAUACUGGAGGUCAUUCCCGACAGCUCCUGUUUGGUAUUUUGUCCAACGAAAAGCAAGUGCGAAAGCUUGUGUGCGAUGUUGGCGAGUCAUCUACCAGCCCGGCUGGCGGAGCAUAGGGCGGACGAGAAGGAACAGAUCAUUCGGGCGCUUAAGGAGGAUGGUUCGAUUGCGCCGGUUCUACCGCAAGCGUUCCGUGUCGGUGUAGCGUACCAUCAUGCCGGCUUAACGCAAGACGAACGUCGUACGAUCGAGGAUGCGUAUCGUGCCGGUAUUCUGUCACUGAUCGUGUGUACCUCAACGCUAGCGGCAGGAGUCAAUCUUCCGGCGCGACGCGUCAUCAUACGCUCGCCGUACAUUGGCAACAGCUUCCUCACGCUCAGUCGCUACAAGCAGAUGGUGGGCCGUGCGGGUCGGGCCGGUUUCGGCGAAACGGGUGACGCGAUUCUAAUCUGUGCCCAGCGCGAUAUACCGCAGGUUUGCGAGAUGCUAUGCGCACCGAUGGAUACGGCCGAAUCGGCCCUGAUUGCCGACGAUCGUGCGCAGUUCAAGUCGCUCAUACUGAGUGCCAUCGGGUUGGAUCUGUGCGAAACACGGGAAGCACUGCAGGCGCUCGUACGCUGUACAUUGCUAGCCCAGCAGGCAACACGCCGAGCGAUCGAUCUGGAAGCCGUCACCGAUGAAACGAUCGUGCAGCUAUACCAAGGGAAUGCCAUCAAGGCGCGGCACGAUAGUUGCUUGCGCAAUCCACCGAACAUGCUGGUGGAAAUUGGUACCGGUGUACCGGAGUCGGACAGAAGCCCGUUAAAGACAGGCAACAGUGUGCAGCAGCACGAUAGCGCGGCUGGGCCAACAUUUGUGCGGGUGCACAAGGCGGCAGCACAUCCGGGCAAGGUGAUUAAGACGAUCGAACGUACGAGCCCGCUGGAAGUUAAUCGGCUGGGGAAGGCGGCCAUCCGGGCGGGAUUCAACAUGGAGCGAGCCGUUCGGUUCUACGACGAAAUGAAGGGGCUGGGGGAGAAUUUGUGCGUGCUGGAUGAAUACGAUCUGCUGCAUUUGAUUCUGCUUGAGGAUGGCCGUGAAGUGCAGCUGAAACCGGACGAUCUCAUCAUAUUGGUAAACCAGCUCUCGAACGACCAUCUUAAAAUCGCUGAACGGUAUGGCAUUAACAAUGGAAUGAUUGCGAAGAUUCUUACGCGCCGUUCCAUGUCCGGGGACACACAGCCCAAAAUGAUGCGCUUCAUCCGUUUGCUGAUCGUGCACGAGCUGUGGAAACAAACCGCGCUGCAGGAGGUGGCCCAACGGUACCACGUCAAUGCUGGCUCGCUACAAACACUCAUGACCAGUACGGCCGGGACCGCGUACAGUCUGUUGCGGAUGUGUGAGGAGAUUCCGGAGCUGUGGGCGUUCAAGCAUCUGCUGACGGGUAUGACGGAACGGCUGACGCACUACUGCAAGCUCGAGUUGCUUCCCUUGCUAGCAUUGCCUUCGGUGAAGCUGGGCCGCGCUAGACAGCUGUACCGGGCGGGAUAUACAACGCUCGCCUCCAUUGCACGUGCCAAAUCGAAGGAACUAGUCGAAACGAUCGAACACCUUAACUACCGUGCGGCAAAUCAGUUGAUACUCAGCGCGAAGGCUAAGCUAAUGGAAGAGGUAGAUGCGCUACGCGAACAGGCAGAAGAAUAUCUGUCGCAGUUAAACCGUUAA